GCUAACUUCUCUGAUCACUUCCUUGAUCUAAACUACUUUCAACAAUACUCCGUACUACCUUCAACUAUCCUCUAAUCCAAACCGCUCCACAGUGGAGAUUGGUACGUUGAGAAUGUCUUCUUCACUGCAAGAACCUCAAGGGAGCUCGCACACUCUAAGCUCGGUCUCGCAAAACCAAACGCCUCCUGGAAAUAUCAGGAGAUCCCGUGGGGCGAGCACUGUUGAACCUGACAUGUCGCAUUAUCUUUACUUUGAAGAUAACGAUUGCUUCUUCCCGCCAACCGAGUUGGGCCAGAAACCACCGAGACAGGGAGAGGAACGAGAACCAAGGCAAUCGCCGAUGGAUGCGGAACAACCACGAGUCCCAGAGGAAUGAGAGCCGAAACAAUUGUUAUUCCAAGGUUUGAAGCUUAAACUAUCCUACUAUAAUGUAAUAGCUAAUUCACUGAUAAAGGCCUGCCGAGGAAUCGUUUAUACUGCUCUAUCUAGAGUCCAACCCAGGAAUAUAUAAAUAAUUAGGCUGUACCUUUCAUUGUUGGAGGCCAUUUCAUACUACAGUAUUACGGGUAGUACUUAUAGUGGUAUGGUGUUUGAUUGUCUAAAGAUUCAUUUGAUUCCUACCAGGUAGCCCUGCUUACCUAUGAGCACCUUUUUUUUUCCCCCACCCUACUCUUCCUUCUGUUCUUGGUAAGGAAAUUCAAUCUCAAUCUCGAUAGCAAACAUUAUAUGUAUUCAAUAAUACACCAACAUUGUCAACUGUAGGUAAAGAAAGUUUUCAGGUCACGGUACAGUAGCAUGUGAAUCCAUGAUUUUAGAAGACGCUACCGGAAGAAUCCAUACGGAGAAAGUAAAUGCAAGCCAAGUGGACCCUCUGGCCUUUAGUUAACCGCAGGUUAGAUCGCAACCUAAUCAAUUCCCUUUAUUCUAUCUCAGUAUUAG